CCCAUGAAGCCGGCGGCGACAAUAACAAACGUUCACUCGUCGUUGGAAACCGGUUAACAUCAGUUACCGUACAAUGUGGAGUUGCAUGCGUUAUGUGCUGCGGGUGUUUCUACUAAUGUAAUAGUUUUGUUUUAUAUCUUCAGCCGUCGCUGAGUUGUUCGUCGUUUUUUUUAUUUUUGCAUAAUGUCUGGUGCGGCUCUGAUCUGUCCGGGCUGCUGCUCCUCCAACAUAGUAGAAGAUGAUCUGUACUCCCAGGCUCAGUUGGUGUGUGUGGACUGCGGCUCCGUGGUGUCGGAGGGAGUCCUGGCCAAUGACCCAGUCGGAGGUUCAGAUGUCAGCUACAGCAGAACCACAGCGGUGACCAGGAAGCCAUGUUUGAACCUGAUAAAAGGUCUGCAGCGCCUAAAGGCCAUGUGUCGGACUCUCAGGGUCCAAAGGGAAAUCGAGGAUCUGUCACAGACGUAUUACAGCAAAGCCUACCAGCAUGACAGCUUCAUCAGAGUGAGCCUUCAGAAGAAAGAGGUCCUCGCUGGUUGCUGUGUGCUUGUGAGCUGCAGGCUGCUUAACUGGCCCAUAACCAUGGGAACCAUCAGCUGCCUGCUGGACGCCGACCCGAUGGUGGUGGGAGUUGUUUAUCAAGAGAUGAUCAAGAUCCUCAACAUUGAGGCGCCGAUCGUCAAUGUCACUGAUGUGAUAGAGGGGUACAGUCAGGAAUACAAAAUUAGCUCGCCUCAUGUUUCUGAGGAGAUGGCCGAGACCCACAAGGACUUGACCAAGCGAGCCGUGGCCCUUGUGGAGCUUGCGGCGGAUUCCUGGAUCGUGACCGGCCGUAGGCCGAUCCCGAUCAUGAUGGCGGCAGUCUAUUUGGCCUGGCAGUCGUUGAAGCCCAACAAGCAGCGCCUCAAAUUCUCCUUGGACAAAUUCUGUCAGAUGGCAAAGGUGAAUAAGCACAAGGCUGCUUUGAAGAGAAUAACGGAGAUGAAGGAGGUGCUUUGUAAGCUGGGCAAGGAAAUUCCCUGGGUCAGGGAAGCGGUGACACAAGAUAACGUUGCUCGGCACAUGGAGGAUAUUCUGCAGCACAGGUACGCCUUGCUAAGGAGGGCUAUGAGAACACAGGAGGACGCUCUGCUGGCGGAGUGUCAGAUCAGCUGUGUGGACUCUCUAACCGAGGACGCUGCUGACUCCCAAAUCUCUCCGAUUACAUCCCCGGCGGAGCAACCUGCACCGGACCCUGAAAGGGAAGUGAAACGAGCAGAUGGAGAUCCAGAGCGCAGUGGCGCAGAGGAGAACCAAGAACCAGCAUCCAACUGGGGGAAAAGAGUGCUCUUCGCUCCGCCGUGUGUGAUUAACGCUAAGAAGAGGAGAGUGGAGGAGCCAGCGUUUCAGGAUGUAAAUGGUGAUGAGGACAUCUCGGACACUGAGAUUGACUCAUACAUCCGAACUCCUCAGGAGGCCCGCGACUUCGCUCUGACGCAAAAGAUGUUUUCUUCGCCUGACAGUGAAACAUCAUAGCCUACGUUUUGUUCAUAAAAGUUUAUUUUUUUACGACUGUUCAGAGAAAGAUUCAGAUGUUUUUAUUUGUUCUGACGAGAUCUGGUCUGACUGUGAGUCAUGCGUCAACCUUCUUUCAUAUCGUUUUAUCCGCUCCAUGUAACAGACUGUUUCUGUUUGCUGCUUAUAGUCGGUUCACUUUCAAAAUGCUUUUGAAUAAAGUUGAUUCAGUUUGAAAUUGAUUUCAUUAAACUCGAGAGGAGAUCUGACAAUAAAACGCUUUGUUUUCACA